CGCCGCGAGCAUGCGCCGUGCCGGGAGAGAGACGGCGGCUCGGCGGGGUCAUCCGUGCGCAGGCGCAGUGCGGUGUUUGUCUGCCGGACUGACGGGCGGCCGGGCGGUGCGCGGCGGCGACGGCGGCGGGGAAGAUGGCGGCGUCCUCCCUGGAGCAGAAGCUGUCCCGCCUGGAGGCCAAGCUGAAGCAGGAGAACCGCGAGGCCCGGCGGAGGAUCGACCUCAACCUGGAUAUCAGCCCGCAGCGGCCCCGGCCCAUUAUUGUGAUCACUCUAAGCCCUGCUCCUGCCCCGUCCCAACGAGCAGCCCUGCAACUCCCGUUGGCCAACGAUGGGGGCAGCCGUUCACCGUCCUCAGAGAGUACCCCACAGCACCCCACACCCCCCAGCCGGCCCCGCCAUAUGCUGGGACUCCCGUCCACACUGUUCGCACCCCGCAGCAUGGAGAGCAUUGAGAUCGACCAGAAGCUGCAAGAGAUCAUGAAGCAGACGGGUUACCUAACCAUCGGGGGCCAGCGCUACCAGGCAGAAAUCAGCGACCUGGAGAACCUGGGGGAGAUGGGCAGUGGCACCUGUGGCCAGGUGUGGAAGAUGCGCUUCCGGACUACGGGGCACAUCAUCGCUGUCAAGCAAAUGCGGCGCUCCGGGAACAAGGAGGAGAACAAGCGGAUCCUUAUGGACCUGGACGUGGUGCUCAAGAGCCACGACUGCCCCUACAUCGUGCAGUGCUUCGGGACUUUCAUCACCAAUACGGAUGUCUUUAUCGCUAUGGAGCUGAUGGGCACAUGUGCAGAGAAACUCAAGAAGCGGGUGCAGGGCCCCAUCCCGGAGCGGAUCCUGGGGAAGAUGACAGUGGCGAUCGUCAAGGCGCUCUUCUACCUGAAGGAGAAGCACGGCGUGAUCCACCGCGAUGUCAAACCCUCCAACAUCCUAUUGGAUGAGCGGGGCCAGAUCAAGCUCUGUGACUUCGGCAUCAGCGGCCGCCUCGUGGACUCCAAGGCCAAGACGCGGAGCGCCGGCUGCGCCGCUUACAUGGCACCUGAGCGCAUCGACCCCCCGGACCCCACCAAACCCGACUACGACAUCCGGGCAGACGUGUGGAGCCUGGGCAUCUCAUUGGUGGAGCUGGCCACGGGACAGUUCCCCUACAAGAACUGCAAGACGGACUUUGAGGUCCUCACCAAGGUCCUGCAGGAGGAGCCCCCGCUUCUGCCCGGCCACAUGGACUUCUCGGGGGACUUCCAGUCCUUCGUCAAAGACUGCCUUACUAAAGAUCACAGGAAGAGACCAAAGUAUAAUAAGCUACUUGAACACAGCUUCAUCAAGCGCUACGAGACGCUGGACGUGGACGUGGCCACUUGGUUCAAGGAUGUCAUGGCGAAGACAGAGUCGCCGCGCAGCAGCAGCGUCCUGAGCCAGCACCACCUGCCCUUCUUCAGGUAGCCGGGGGGCUGCAGCCGGCCUCCCCGGGGAGGCCAGGGGCACGGCCACGGCCCCCCCACCCCGGCCCCCGACACUUCCCCAGCUGGCCACCCUGCUGCCCAGCAGGGGAGAACUGGGUCCCGCUGAGGGCUGAGGACAGAAAGUGGGGGUGGGGGGCGCUGCCCCCUCGUCCCCCUGCCCACCUGCCGUGGACAGACGGGCCACCAGGCUGCCGGCCCUGGGCGCCCCGACAGACACUGUGAAGGGCUGUGAGCAGGCGCCGCACGGACUCGCUAUUUAUUCAGCCGGAACCUCGGGGCCCAGGAGAGCGCCGCCUGCGUGCCCGCGCCUUCCCGCCCCAGCAGACAUGCUGUCUCUGCACCCCCCCUCUCUACCUCUCCCUCCCCGCCAGCCCCUCCCCCUGGGCGCCCCCUGCCCAUUGCCGCCCUUGCCCCUUGCCGUGCGCGCUCCCCCCUCCCUCUCCUUUCCCCCCUUCUCUCCCUCUCUCCCUCGCUUUCCUCUCUCCCUCUCUUUCCUCUCUCUUUCUCUCUCUCUCUCGCUCUUUCUCGCUCUCGCUCUCUCUGAUCUCAGGGGGUCCUUUUUGAAGUUUAUUGUAUUUUAUUGUACUGGGGGGUGCGGGUGGGGAGCGCGUUCUGGAGCUCGUCGGUACCUUCCGAAACUACCAAAGUCAUGUUGAGCUGCUCGGGAGUGGACGGGGCGCUGGCCACGGGGCCGUCCCGCCCUGGAGGGAAAAGUCCCUGAGGGGGGAUCCAGGGGAGCAGGGAGGGGCUUCUCCCUGGGGGCCGGAGACUGGCCACAGCUUAGGGGUGGGGGUGAGUCGAGGAGCUCAGGGGGGCCAAGGAGGAGCAGCUGCUGCCGCACAGGUGCCCUUCAGGGAAGGAGGCCUGGCCGGGCAGGGCAGCAGGUGGGGGCGUAGCCGGGAGGUGUGGCGGGAGCUGGUGACAGGGGGUCCGGAAACCCCGGGCGGGACCAUUCUUAGAGCAGGAGUGAUGGGCGGGUAGCCAGUGUGGGAGUUCAGGGAUGUUUGGCAGGGACAGAGUCAGGACACGCAGAAGGCUGAGGUAUGUGGAGACAGAUGCGCCCCCCUGAGCACCCCUUGACUCACUGAGACCAGCCCGCGGGAGGGAGACCCAGGGCCCCAGCCGAGGGGGGGGGCUGGGGGGCUUCCUCCCCCCCUAGUUUUCGUUGGUGAUGCAUGCAAAUCAAAAGUGGACAACACAUCAAAUAACAAAAACGAAAAGCAAGACCCCACGAAACCAACCACCGCCAGAGGCACGUGGACGCAGCCUGCUGCCCAGUGACCACCCGGCAGUCGCCUUCGCCACAUGUUGCAGAUCGUCAAAGUCGUGUCUGCCCUUGCCCCGGGGGCUGGGGGGUUUCUGCAGGCCCCCUUACCCUGAGUGUCCUGGACAGCGGCUGUCAUCGGGAGGCCUGGCCGCUCCCCUCAGCCUUGGGGGAGCUGGACACGGCAGCCCUGGACGUGGGGGCUGGGCCACAUGGGGUUUAUGGUGUUUUUUUUUUUUAACGACAAAAAAAAAAAUUUUAUUGAACUUGAUUUUCUCUUGAUGAGUGUGUCACCCCUGCCCCACCUUCCCCUUCACCAGCCAGCACCCCUGUACCAGGCAGGCUGGGGCCCCUGGACAGCCUGGCCCAGCCCACACCCAGGGUGGGGGUCUCCACCCACAACCCCCUUCUCAGGCCGCCAGUAUUGCUUCCUUGGCCCCUUUUUGAAAGGAAACGCCCUCGUUUGUAAAUUCUUAGAUGCUUGAGAAUAAAACCCUCCCUUUUCUUCUG